AUGACAUCUAAUAUUGGUAUUUUGUCGCCAGGUGGCAAGAAUCAGGCAAAUGGGACCAGAGAAAUACGACGUUCGAGUGAAAUUAUUUGUUCGCAAGAAGUUGAGAAAAAGCAUAUAUACUUCAGAAAAGUUACUGAGAACGCUCACACUCCGACUUAUGAAUCUACAUGGGCAGCAGGUGCUGAUUUAUAUAGCGCUUACGAUUGUUUAGUUCCUGCAUCUGGCAAAGCUUGUAUUAAAACAGACCUUGAGCUUGAAAUACCUAAAGGCUAUUAUGGUAGAAUCGCACCACGUUCAGGUCUCGCAGUGAAAAGAUUUAUCGAUGUUGGAGCAGGAGUUAUUGAUUCAGAUUACAGGGGUCCACUCAAUGUGAAAAAAGGCGAUCGGGUAGCCCAACUUAUUUGUGAGAAAAUAUCACAUUGCGAAUUUAUACAAAUGAUGUCUCUUGAAGAAAGUAAGCGUGGUGCUGAUGGAUUUGGUUCAACUGGGAUUUAA